CUAUUCAUCAUUGAUCACAAAGAAGUGGACUGGAGAAUAGCUAUAACAGGCCACAGGGUUCUUGUGAUCACCUUGGAGCUGUUGGUCUGCAUCAUCCAUCCAGUCGGGUCGUACUGGGAGGUGGGCCUCUACACCAACUCCUCCUCCGCUGCCCCACUAUGUGUUUCCAGUCACCAUGACAAGACUCUAGUGGACAUGGAGCUGCUGCUAUCCAUGCUCAUGUUCCUGCGCCUAUACCUGGUCCACCGAGCCAUUCUACUACACAGCAAAGUGCUUCUGAGUGCCUCCUACAGGAGCAUAGGAUCGCUUAACAACAUCAACUUCACCUUUCGCUUUGUUCUUAAAGUACUGAUGAAUAAACAUCCAGCACGUGUGCUGCUAGUGUUUAUCCUCCUGUUCUGGCUUACAGCGUCGUGGAUGCUGACGUUGUGUGAGAGACGAACCGAGGCCCUGACGACGGGACAAAUGGACACAGCCCUGUGGCUCAUUGCCAUCACAUUCCUCACUGUGGGCUAUGGAGAUGUUGCACCCAAGACCAGCUGUGGCAAGGGGGUGUGUCUCUUUACCGGUGUCAUGGGUGUAGCCUGCACCGCCAUGCUGGUGGCCAUCGUUACUGAGAAACUUGCCCUAAACAAAGGAGAGAAGCAUGUCCACUUCUUCAUGAUGGACAUCCAGAUAUCUAAAAGGAUCCGGCAUGCUGCUGCUAAUGUUCUGAGAGAAUGCUGGCUGCUGCAUCGUGCAAACCUGCCAAAGGGCAGCCGGAACGAGCACCGAAGACACCUGCGAUGUCUUCUGGAAGCCAUCAGAGUAUUUCGACAUUUACGCCUUAAACAAAGAAAACUGAGAGAUUAUGUCAGUGAGAUGGUGGACCUCCCAAAGAUGCAGAUGAUCAUGUGUGACCUCAGCGCCAACUGGAACAACUCUUACAGAGAACUGGAGCAGAGGAUCCUCUUCAUGGAGCAGAAGCUGGACCACCUGACUCGCUGCUUCCAGCAGACAUCGGAGCUGCUGUCUGAGGUCCUACGUCACAGAAACCCAGAGAUCAGGUGACAUGGCUGCAAAUGCUUUUUUCACAAAGUGUCUGUAACAUUUCCUUCUGCUGCAAGGAUCAGGGGCAGCCAGGGCAGCUGCAGAACUGUUACAAAGCAGAGGAAACAUCUCAUCCAGUUCAGUGCUGCAUGCGUUGCUCAGUGACUAAAGCAGAAGAAUUACAGAGGAAUUUUUCUGCUGUAGAAUUAUCUGAAUAAAAUAUUGGGAAGUCUGCUACAAUGUGUGGCAAAAAUAUUUGUUAUUGUGCUUAGAAAACUUAUUGAAAAGAACUGAGAUUAGAUAAUCUAAAUGAUUUUUGUAUGAAUAAUUAUCACCUUAUUCCUGUGGAAUUAAAGGUUUUAUAUUUGUAUUUUAUUUUUGAGGUCAUUUUCAUAUAUUCUUUUUAUAUUUUAGAAAAAAACCUCAUACCUUUUUCUGUAUUUUCAAGUUGUUUAAUUCUUAUACCAAUGAUGUCUAUUUCCAAAAACUUAGAUUUGGACAUUUUAUCAAGUGUUAUGGUGUUAUUUACAUGGCUCUAUUUACAUUUGUUCUGGUCAUCUUGUGCUAAUGUAUUUAAAAAUGUUCUGCAGGACAAAAAAUCGAUUAGUCCCCAAGAAGUGGGAGUAGAUUUUUAGUGUUCAAUAAAUAUCAGAACGAUCAUGCAGAUAACUCUAAAUAUAACACAGCAGCUGUCUGAUUAAACAUGUAGGGCUUUUCCUGUUUUGUUUAAGAAAGCCAAUGGUUCCACCUAGUGGUCAAGUGUUGAUUAAACAAGAUUUUUUGUUACCUUUGCAGUACAGAAUGUACUCACAGGUUAGUAAUUUCUCUCACCUUUAAUCUCACCUAAGAACUUUAACUAAUGGAUAUCAACACAAAGAUUUCAUCCAAAAAUUUACAACAGAUUUUAUGAGAUGUUUUUUUUUGUUUGUUUUUAUGAAUUUUCAAAUGACACAGGUGGUAACAUUUCAACAGUAAAUGCUAUUUCACUACUUUUUUGGUAUCUAGAUAACAUCACAUCAGUUUUGUCUCAAAAACUGCGAAAUGUCACUGAUUAAUCAUGCAUUAAAUAUACUGUUGAUUUUCCAGACACUGCUCAAAGUAACAGAUCAGAGAUGGUUAUAUUUGUCACAAAGCUUUAGUUAAUUUCCUACUUAACAACAUUCACUGGGUUCCAUUAAUGUAAUUGCAUCUAGGCAAACAAAUAUCUUAAAACAAAAAAUUUGCAUAUGCUUUUCUUGACAACUGUGCAAAAAAGAUACACUAGACUUUUGAUUUAAAUGCAUUGAUUUAAAUCUUUGCUGCUCAUGUUGACUUUUAUUUUUUAUUUUUUUUAGUGUGUGGAACCUAAUGUUACUUAGUUUACUUUAAAUAAUCUUGUGUGAAGAAAACAAAACAUCCAAAACUGGACAGAUGCCAAAAACAAAGUUAAGUUAGAAUAAAUAUAUUUUUACUUUUGCUGUGGUCUUCUAUGUCAUCCAUGCAUGUUUUAGGCAGACCAGGUGAUUACGUCAAACACUUGCAGUGAAAAACAUUUUUUUCCAAUGAUUUUUGUUUUAUAUUACUGAAUAUUGAACUGAAAUGUAGGUGUUCUUUUUU